CCUCCACCUUGGCGGGCGCGGCGCGGGGCGCUCUGAGGGAGCGCUGGGCGCGGAGUGAGGCGGACUCCGGGCGGGCAGGGAAGGGCGAGCGAGCCGCAGGGAUGAGGGGAGAUUCUUACCUCUUUGGAAUGCGGGGCCUUGGCCAGUACGGCUGCACCCCGGAGGACGGAGGGCAGUUCCUGCUCUACUCUAUCAAUGGAGACCACGGCCUGAAGAGAUGUUUUGCAGAGGAAGAUUUUCAUGAAAUAAUUGAUUUCAACGAUCUCCCAAAUUCUCUCUUCGCCUGUAAUGUUCACCAGUCCGUGUUUGAGGAUGAGGACAGUAAGGAGAAAUUUGAAGGUUUGUUCCGUGCCUAUGAUGACUGCGUGACAUUCCAGCUGUUCAAAAGCUUCAGGCGUGUGCGGAUAAAUUUCAGCAGUCCCAAAUCAGCUGCUCGUGCCAGAAUAGAGCUGCAUGAAACACAGUUCAGAGGGAAGAAGUUAAAGUUGUAUUUUGCACAGAUUCAGACCUCUGAGACAGAUGGAGACAAGCUUCAUUUGGCACCACCACAGCCUGCAAAACAGUUUCUCAUCUCGCCUCCAGCCUCCCCACCUGUAGGGUGGCAACCAAUAGAUGAUGCAACACCUGUCAUCAACUACGACCUCCUUUAUGCAGUUUCUAAGCUUGGACCAGGAGAGAAAUACGAGCUGCACGCAGGAACAGAGUCCACUCCCAGUGUGGUAGUGCACGUUUGUGACAGCGACAUGGAAGAAGAUGAGGACCCAAAGAAUGCUCCAAAGCCAAAAAUCAUUCAAACUCGACGCCCCGGUGUGCCGCCGCCUGUAUCUAACUGAGCCUCUCCGGCAGAAGCAGCACUUCUCUCUCCUCCAGCACAGCUCUUGGUUUUUGUUUGCUUUGUUCUGUUGAAAGGCAGCCUUUGCCUUCUGAGCACCGGGACAUUAAGGUCAUUGAAACCCCUUCACAGUAAUCAAGCCUCUGUAACAAAAGGGCUAGGAAAAAGAUCUUUGUACCUGUAACCAUAUCACACACCAACUGAUAGAUCUAGCGGGAAAGGACAAAGCAAGGCUGAGGAAACAAGGGUUGGUUUCAGUCUGAGGAUCUUUUCACAGCUGUAAUUUGCAUGCUGAAACACCACUACCAGAGAUAGUUUGGGAGGGAAUUAAGCCAAUAUCAGUCUUGAUAUUCAAACUCCCAGGAUUGCUACUGCCCUUCAUUAAGCAGCCUGCUCCUCUGCCCUCCUCACUUCCCAACAGCCUUUUCCCUUUUCCCUUUUUUUAAAGGGGGGUAGAUGUGUUGUUUUUACUCUACUAGCAGCUUGGUGGCCUUUGCACCCCCUGGAAUUUUCUGUAUAAAUACUAUCUUUGCAACAUUUUCAGAAACAACAGAAAACCCUCUUCCAGCAAUAGCUGUAGAGAACAGUGGUCUGAAAUGAUGGCAGGGAUCUGAGAUGGCACUCUCUGGGCUGAGGGGAGAGGCAGCAGCUGCUGGGGGGUCUGCUCAGUCCUUCUCUCUGGAGAAGGGAGCCAGAAUAUCAGUAGGGAUUGUCACUUCAUCUUCUGUCAAGGGAUGAGUGGUGCUUCUCUUCAGGUCUGAGGAAGAGGAACUGACUGACUGCUCAUGUAACAUUACAGGCUGAAUGCUUUCCUAGUGGUGUGGUGAAUAGCCCUGAAAUUGUCAGUAAUUUCUUGCACAUCUCUAAUAUUCAGCCCUUUUCCUUUCCCCUGUCCUGUGCUUCAAAACCCUCUUUGAGCUGUAUGCAGUUUGGGUUUGUGGAGGUGAGCAGAGGUUAGUUGAUUUUUUUUUCUUUUUUAGGCCAAAGAAAACAGGACCAUAAUUACACACUUGAAAUUAGACUGCAUGCAACUGAAUCUCCUUUUUUCACCCCAUCCUGCAUGUUUCUUCCACUUGCAAUAUAUACUGGGUUACAAAAACUGUUCUGUGUUUGCAUCAUGGCUGACAGCAGACAGAUCCUGGAUUCCCUGUCUGGCAGACCUUCCAUGAUGAUUUAUUUUUUUAAGGUGUACUUGUCAUUUUGAGAACAUAUUUUCUAGACAUUUGAGCUCACAUUUUGCAUAUAUUUAAGCAUGCGCUUAAUUUAUGCACAUGAGUAGUUCCACUGAAAUUAAUACUGCAGAAACUGAGCGUAUGUGUAAGGUAUGGUGGGAUUUUUAAGCUAAUUAGCUGCAGCCAUACUCCCCAAAGUGACUAUAAAAUGGCACAGCGAGCCUCCAUGGUUUAAAAUCCUUUACAGCUUAAAAUAAGUAAAUACAUCCUGGAAGCUUAUUCUAGGAUCUGAAAAGUCAGCUUAGGUUGUGUAAUCAAGAUUUUUGUUGUGAAACCUAACGAUCUGCUUUCUGAGGGAGGGUUCCAUCACACCCUUAAUUAGCAGCAAUGCCACAAAGCUUCAGCAGAGUCAGGUCCCCCUUGCAGGGUCUUGGCCUGGCAGCACUUCCAGGACAACAGGCGUGUUGCUGUGUCAGUGGGGACAGGAGAUGGCAUUCCCAGCCUGCAUGGUGAAGACAUCUGGGAAUGAGGACUUGUCAUUCUCACAUAGUUCAGCCUCUGACCACCACAGGCCCCCCCUGGUAUUCCUGAUGAGAUGCAGUUUUUUCUCAGCACUCAGCAUAUUUCCAUAAUGUGAUAAUUGUUACUGCAUUAUGGGCAUCGUUGUGUGCUGUUGCUCUGAUAGAAUACUGCUCAUGAAAUACAGCAGAGACUGAACAGAAAAUGGGGCUUCAGUAUCUUCAUGAUACCCGUGUAAAGUUUCCUUAAAGUAACUCCUUAGAGGUGCCAUGGCAAUUAUUUUCCCAGUGAUACAUUUUAAAUUGAUUUAAGGAAACAAAUUGUCAUUCACAGGCCUAGGAAUGUCUCCUGUUGAAAGCACCAUCUUGGGCCACAAAGGAUAUUCCAGGAGUAACACCACUGGCUUUUUUUGAGAAUACACCCAGUGCUGAUGUCCAUGGGGUUUAGUUUAGGCCAGUAUAAACAGCCCAGUAAGAUUUAAACACAUAAAUGAUCAGAUGUCAUUACUAAUGGAUUUUUUUACAGGCAAGACUAUAG